AUGGUCCCAGACGCACGACCGCGCAUCUCUCCCCGAGGGGAUUCGCACCAAGAAGUCUCCGCCGCCGAUGACAAGAGCCGCGUACCGGACAUGCGAAGACCACACGUCCGUGCCCGGAAACGCGGCCCCGAGCUCCUCGCAGACGCGCCUCAUGACCCUCCUAUGCGAGGCGCGGUUCUUGUCGCAGUCGACGACAUGCAGAUUCCCCCUAUCGCUCGCCGCCAGCCUCGGCAGCCGCUCCGUCUCGUACGGCCCGUCAAACGAAGCCAGCCACGUCACGCGCGCCCCCCGGCCCCUCGCCGCGCUCAGCAUCACCCCCAGGCCGACCCCGUCGACGCUGCCCUCGCGGAUCCUGCCCCCCUCGAGCUUGACGUUGGGGUACACCACCGCCGCCAGCACCUCCCGCCCGUCCUCGAGCAGCGCCAGCGAAACGGCGUACUGCUCCCCCGUGAGAAACGUGGCCGUCCCGUCCACCGGGUCCAUGGCCCAGAACCGUCCCUGCGCACCGCCCGUCCCGCGGCCCCCCAUGUCGAUCAAGGCGAGCAUUUCGUCCACGCUCGUGGCCGAGCCGUCUCCCCGCGCGGCGGAAUACAGCUCGUACACCUUGUCUCUCAGGUUCUCGUCUCUGCGGAGCACGGCCGAGUCCUCCUCGCCGACAAACUUGUCGUCCGGGAACUCGGCGUGGAGGAUGCUGAUGAGGAGUGCUUGGGCGGCAAAGUCGGCGAUGGUGACGGGGGACGAGUCUGCCUUGGAGACUUCUGUCACGGACGAGAGGACCCUUUUGGUGAGUCUGGCGGCUCUGAGCACGGCGGAUUGUGCGAUGGAUAA